GAUUAUUAUUUCAAGGCUGUUUCGGUGUUUGUAGUUCUUUAAAAUUAUUAGCAAUGCAAAAAGUAUAGAUAAGACGAAAUAAAAAACUAUUACAUUAUUUUAAAUGUUUUAAUAAGUGAUAAGUUAUAUUGUAAUUUUAUUCACUUAUUAAGUAAUAUUAAAAAUUUCGCGUUUUUAUAGAAUUUUUAACUUUAUUUCGUAUAAAGAAGGAAGUUUAAGUUCAAAAUGUUUAAGUUAAGAAUCUUACCACAGAAGGCCACUUUACUUAAACGCAUGAUGUCGUCUCAAGAGAAUGAUGUUUUAUUUGAAACUCUCAAUAAUGCUGGAAUUAUAACUUUAAAUAGACCGAAAGCUUUGAAUUCUUUGAACACUUCAAUGGUAUCGAAGUUAUUACCGCAACUUAGCGAGUGGGAGAAUUCUAAACAGUUAGUAAUUAUUAAGGGAGCUGGAGACAAAGCUUUUUGUGCUGGAGGAGACGUGAAGGCAGCUAUUGAUAGAGAGGAAGGACCAAGAUUUUUUUUCACUGAGUAUAACACAAACUACCUCAUAGGAAAAUACAAAAUCCCCUAUAUAGCUAUCAUAAAUGGAAUCACUAUGGGAGGUGGCAUGGGUUUGUCUGUUCAUGGCAGAUACAGAGUGGCCACGGAGAAAACUUUAAUAGCCAUGCCUGAAACUAAGAUAGGGCUUUUCCCUGAUGUAGGAGGAUCUUUCUUCCUUCCCAGAUUACCAGUUAAUUUAGGAUUGUAUUUGGGUUUAACUGGUGAUAGAUUAAAAGGGAAAGAUGUUGUCAAAGCUGGUAUUGCUACUCAUUUCGUGUCCAGUAAGCGUCUCUAUGAGUUAGAAAUGUUGCUGUCCCGAUGCAAGGGUGACAGUGAAGUGCAGUCUUUACUGAACAAGUUCAACGAACCUCCCGAGGAGUUCUCACUGGCACCAAACAUCAAACACAUCAAUUACUGCUUCGCUGCAUCCACUGUCGAGGAGAUUAUAGAAAGACUCGAGAAAGUGCAAAAUGAUUGGUCAAUUAAAACUAUUCAGACCUUACACUCCAUGUGUCCUGGAUCUCUGAAGCUGACGAUGUUGGCCCUUCAGCGUGGUGCUCAGCUUGAACUGCCUCAAUGUCUCCGUAUGGAGUACCGUCUGGCUUGCAGAUCGGUAGAGAAUCACGACUUCCCAGAGGGUGUCCGAGCACUACUUAUAGACAAAGACAACAAGCCUCAAUGGAAUCCAAAGACUUUAUCCGAAGUCAGCGAUGACUACAUUGAAAGUUUCUUCAAGAAGCUUCCAGAAGACAAGGAACUGAAGUUCUUUGAUGCAAAGUUAUAAACUAUCACUGAUUUACAAUGGACAUCACUUAACAGCCUUCUCGGGCUGGUUGACUUAAUUUUCUAAACAAUCUAAACAAGAUCGCCAUAUUAAAAAUGUUUAAGUUUUUUUAAUUUUUCUCUUCGUUUAUAUAUUUGAGGUAAGCUUAAUGAAGUCACAGUAAUUUUAUAAUUGUAAUUGAUAAGGCAAAAUUUAUAUUGUUAUUGUUGGACUGUUUCCUGAAUCAUAUAGAUAUAUAUUUUGUGAAAGUAUUUGUUAGUUGUCAUCGUUGUAGGAAGUUUAUAUAACGUCACUGUCGUGUGAUGGCAUUUAUAUUUACUUUAAGUUUGUACUGUUUUAUAUUAUACCGUGUAAUGGACUAUUGGGAUGUGAACGAGACUGAAAUAAAUGUUACUGAUGAUCAGUUCCU